AUGUUCCUGAAGAGCUCCCUGGAGCUGCUGGUGCUGGAUGAAGCUGACCUGCUGCUCUCCUUCGGCUUUGGGGAGGACAUCAAGGCCCUGCUGUGCCAGCUGCCCAAGAUCUACCAGGCCCUGCUGAUGUCUGCCACCUUCAGCCCUGACGUGGAGGCCCUCAACGAGCUGGUGCUGCACAACCCGGCGCGGCUGUGCCCGGCCCAGCCCCGGCUGCCCGGCGGCCGCCAGCUGCGGCAGUUUGCCCUGCGCUGCGCCAAGGAGGAGGACAAGUUCCUGCUGCUGUGUGCCCUGCUGAAGCUGGGGCUGCUGCGGGGCCGUGCCCUGCUCUUCGUGGGCACCCUCGCCCGCUGCUACCGCCUCAAGCUCUUCCUCGAGCAGUUCGGCAUCGCCGCCUGCGCCCUCAACGCCCAGCUGCCCGCCGCCUCCAGGGCCCACAUCCUCACCCAGUUCAACCUUGGCAUCUACGACUACAUUGUGGCCACCGACGAGGAGGUGCCAGCCGUGCCCAGCAAGGUGCCCCCCCGCAAGGGCCGCAAGGCAGCCGCCCCUGCUGCCCACAGCCCCGGCUGGCGGUGCCCCGCGGCGGGGGUGGGCUCUCGGCCCUGCCUGUGCCCCUUCCCGCCCGGGGUGCCAGCCCUGCCCGCCUGUGCCCUCCCCAGCAGGGGGCAGGACGCCGAGUUCGGGGUGGCACGGGGCAUCGACUUCCGCGACCUGGCAGCGGUCAUCAACUUCGACGUCCCUGGCAGCGCCGAGGCCUACAUCCACCGCGUGGGCAGGACCGCCCGGGCCGACAACCCCGGCACGGCUCUGACCCUGGCGCUGCCCGAGGAGUACCCGGCCCUGGCACGCAUCGAGGAGGCCCUGGCAGCAGAGGAUGGGCAGUGCCCCCUGCAGCCUUACCAGCUCUGCACCCAGCAGAUCGAGAGCCUGCGCUACCGCUGCAGGGAUGCCAUGCGCGCGGUCACCAAGCAGGCGGUGAAGGAGGCCAGGCUGAGGGAGAUCAAGGAGGAGCUGCUCAACUCUGACAAGCUGAAGUGCCACUUCGAGGACAACCCCAGGGACCUGCAGGUGCUGCGCCACGACCGCCCCCUGCACCCUGCCAGCCUCCUGCCCCAGCUGCGCCACCUGCCGGAGUACCUGGUGCCCCCCAGCCUGCGUGGCAUCGCCAGGCCGGAGCCGCAGAAGCGCCGGAGGCUGUCUCGGGGCGGUGCCAGCCGGCGCCGUGCCAGCUGCAGGGCCCAGGGCAGAGCCAACCCCCUGCAGAGCUUCAAGUAUGCCAAGCGCCGUGCCCGCCGCCCCCCCCCGCCCCCCUCCUGA